AUGGUUCAACAUGGAGUGGUUGAGGAUUCCACCGACAAAACGCCGCUGGAAAGCUCAGUCGAGCCCACUGGCAACACUCAAGAUGCCAAAAUCCUGGAAAAUCUAGGCUAUAAACCUGUCCUGCACCGAUCGUUUAAUCUGUUUCACAACUUUGCAACCACCUUUGCUGCCCUCUAUUUUAUCGGUGGUGUUCGAGUCACUUUCGCAACCGGAAUAGCGGCUGGCGGUAAUCUAGCCUACUGGACGAGUUUCAUUAUCACAUGUGUAUUCACAUUCAUAACCGCUGCCGUCAUAGCCGAAAUAUGCUCGUCUCUUCCGCUGGCUGGAUCCAUCUACCUCUGGGCUGCCGAGGCUGGCGGACCUCGAUACGGCAGACUGUUUGGUUUUGUCGUCGCAUGGUGGAGCACAACAGCAUGGACGACAUUCUGCGCGAGUAAUACUCAGGGCGCCGUCAACUAUAUGCUAUCGGAAAUUGUUGUUUUUGACAUAGAUUUCCCCACGGACACGACCGAUGUCAAGUUUCGUGCUGUCCAAUGGAUCUUGACCGAAGUCAUGCUGGCUUUGGCCGCUAUAUGGAAUCUACUACCUCCACGAUAUUUCAAAUGGAUAUUCUACCUGUCGACCUCUUUCGUUGUUCUCGACUUUCUCUUGAACAUGAUUUGGCUGCCGGUGGCUACUAGCCGGACUAUUGGGUUCAGAUCGGCCCAUGAUGCCUUUUUGACUACAUACAAUGGAACUGGUGCCCCCGAUGCCUGGAAUUGGUGUCUCUCAUUCUUGGCCACUGCUGGAAUCCUAAUUGGGUUUGAUGCUUCUGGACACGUGGCGGAAGAAACAAAGAACGCAGCAGUAACAGCAGCUCGCGGUAUCUUUUGGAGCACAAUUGUCAGUGGUAUUGGCGGAUUCAUCGUAGUCAUUCUCUUCUUGUUCUGUGUGCCUGAUGCCGACACGUUCUUCUCCUUUGGCUCACCGCAACCGUUUGUGCCACUUUAUGCCGCUAUUCUAGGAGAUGGCGGCCACAUUUUCAUGAACAUUAUCUGCAUUGCAGCACUUUGGUUCAAUACCGCCAUCGCUGUCCUUGCAGCGUCUCGUCUAGUCUUUGCCGUCGCCCGUGAUGGUGUUUUACCCUGGUCUAGUUGGGUUUCCAAGGUCGUUGACGGGCAGCCUCGAAAUGCAGUCCUUGUGGUUUGGGGGGUGGCAUCCGUCAUAACAUGCACAAUUCUGCCGUCCUCUGUAGCAUUCACGUCUUUGGUUUCCGCCGCCGGUGUGCCAUCUGCAGCAGCAUAUGGCCUCAUUUGUCUUGGACGCCUCCUUCUCACGCCAAAAACGUUUCCCAAGCCGGCUUGGAGCCUUGGCAGGCUCAGCAAACCAUUUCAAGCAAUUGCAGUGGUCUGGAACGCUUGGGUCGUGGCUGUCUUAUUCUCGCCGUACGCCUGGCCGGUCGCAGCGGACACGUUCAACUAUGCUCCAGUCAUCAUGGGCGCGACAACAAUCUUGGCACUGAUCUCGUGGUGGAUCAUUCCCGCUGAACAAUGGCUUCCAAGUCAGCGUAUUCAGCAAACCUUGGAAGCUCGUGGUUCCGGAGAGACCACUGAUGCGGUUCAGUAA